CUCAAGCGUGUAUAUCGGCCCCUUUGGUCGACGGCUUUAUGUAAAUGCGUGUAAGUAAAUGUUCGUGUUCUACAAGCAUUCGGGAUUCUUUCGAUCACCCUCUCAAUCUCCGGAACGAUGUCUACUGAAUCUACUUCCGCAAUUGUAAGGAACCAGGUCGAUUUACUCGAUUUCAUAGACUGGACGGGAGUUGAAUGCCUCAAUCAAAAUACUACUCAUCCUUACCCCAAUGCUCUCAAACAGGGUUAUAGAGAAGAUGAGGGUCUGAAUUUGGAGAGUGAUGCAGAUGAGCAACUUCUGAUUUACAUACCAUUUACUCAAGUUAUCAAACUGCAUUCUAUUGUCAUUAAAGGACCUGAGGAGGAAGGUCCUCAAACUGUUAAACUUUAUACAAACAGGGAGCAUAUGGGAUUCAGUAAUGUUAGCGACUUCCCUGCUAGUGACACACUUGCUUUAACCCCAGAGAACCUCAAGGGAAAGCCUGUUAUCUUGAAGUAUGUUAAGUUUCAAAAUGUUCGAAGCUUGACAAUAUUUAUUGAAGACAAUCAAUCUGGUUCCGAUAUUACAAAAGUUCACAAGAUUAUUCUGCAAGGAACCACAGUUGAAACAACGGAUAUGAAGGGGUUGAAGAAGAUUGAGGAUCACUAGUGAGAAGCAAUUAAUGAUAUGAUGUGUACUCGUUUCAAAUCUUUUAACUACUUUAACUUCUCCGUUGACUAUUUCAAUUUGGUUGUACAAUUGCCAUUUAUCCCCAUUUGGCCAAUUAAAACAAAUGUACAAUGUCGUGAAAGCUCAUGCACAUUGUUUUGUGGGAUAUGUUGAAAUUAUUGAGACAAAAAAGUUGUUUAUUGUUCA